AUGGCUUACUCUAAAAUUCUCUUUCUCUCAAUCCUUAUUCGAUUCUUUUGUUUUGCAACUAUCAAGGCACAGGACUCUACUUUUCUGUAUUCCAAUUGUUCCACCAAUCGUACCACAGCCAAUAGCACCUUCCAAACUAAUCUCAUGACCCUCCUUUCUUCCUUGUCAUCAAAAGCCACAGGCAACACCGAAUUCUACAACAUCACAGGAAACCCCUCUGAUUCUGUCUAUGGAUUGUUCAUGUGCAGGGGUGAUGUCACCUUUCAAAUCUGUGAUGAAUGCAUAGUUAAUGCAACUCAAAAACUGUCCUUAGAUUGCCCAUUAUCCAAACAAGCUGUAAUUUAUUACGAAAAUUGCAUGGUUCGAUACUCCAAUGAGUCUUUCUUUUCCACUGUUGAUACAAAUCCUUCGUUUGUAAUGUGUAAGUCCGCCAACGUCUCAAACACGACAAGCUUCGAGCCUUUAUUGUCUUCAACUAUGCAUCAAACUGCAGACAUGUACAAGAAGCAGGCAACAAAAGAUGCACGUCGACUUAUUGGAACCAUAAACAAGAACUUUGCAACAAGAGAAGCACGUUUCAAAAAUCAGACCCUGUACUGUCUAGAACAGUGCACGCCGGACUUGUCCCCUAACAAUUGCAGAACCUGUCUCCAUAGAGCUAUUGAAUAUCUUCCUAUGGUUUGUGAUGGAAAGGAGGGUGGGAGAGUUGUUUUUCCUAGCUGUAAUAUUAGGUAUGAACUAUAUCCUUUUUAUAGGUCUAUCAAUACUACUUCUUCACCAAAUGAGCUUGUUCCGCCACCUGGGAAUCCUUCUCCAUUACUAGACAAUGCAGUUGGUGAAGAAAGUGCGACUUUAGAACCACUACAAUUCGAUUGGGUGGUAAUUGAAGCAGCAACCAACAACUUUUCUACUGACAAUUACAUUGGCAAAGGCGGGUUUGGAGAGGUUUACAAGGGAAUACUUGUUGAUGGACGAGAAGUGGCUAUAAAAAGGCUUUCAAAAAGUUCUAAUCAAGGUGUAGAAGAGUAUAAGAAUGAAGUUUUGUUGAUAGCCAAGCUUCAACAUAGAAAUCUAGUGGCAUUUAUUGGUUUUUGCCUUGAAGAACAAGAGAAAAUACUUAUUUAUGAAUUUGUGCCCAACAAAAGUCUUGAUUUCUUUCUAUUUGAUUCUCAAAAACAAAAGUUGUUAACUUGGGGUGAACGCUUCAACAUCAUAGGAGGAAUUGUUCGAGGGAUUCUUUAUUUGCAUGAUCAUUCACGACUCAAAGUUAUACAUCGGGAUCUCAAACCUAGCAAUAUUCUAUUAGACGAAAAUAUGAUUCCUAAAAUUUCAGAUUUUGGUUUGGCUCGGAUUGUUGAAAUAAGUCAAGAUGAGGGAAAUACAAAUAGAAUUGCUGGAACAUAUGGUUAUAUGUCUCCGGAAUAUGCAAUGCUUGGACAAUUUUCUGAAAAAUCUGACAUUUAUAGUUUUGGAGUUAUGCUUUUAGAGAUUAUUGCUGGAAAGAAGAAUAAAAGUCCAUUUACUCCACACCAUGUUGCUUAUGACCUCUUGAAUCAUGUAUGGAGACAGUGGAUGGAUCAAACACCUUUAAGUAUAUUGGACCCAAAUAUUAAAAAAGAUUAUUCUACAAAUGAAGUCAUUAAAUGCAUUCAGAUUGGUCUGUUAUGUGUUCAAAAUGACCCGAAUGCUAGACCUUCAAUUGUGACAGUUGCUUCUUAUCUUAGCAGUUAUGCAAUUGAAUUACCAACUCCAAAAGAACCUGCGUUUCUCUUGCAUGGUAGAACUUAUUCCGACGUUCUUGCACAAGAAUCAAGUUCUACUCAAUCUGCCAAUAGUUCUGCACUUUUCUCAUACAAUCAAAUGUCUGCAAGUACUUUUAUUCCUCGAUAGUUUAUUAAUUUUU